GCGAGUGUGACAUUUGCUGCAAGAAGCUAGUUUGUGAACAGCUAUCCGGAUAAAGAUGAAGAACUGGGGAAGGAAAUAGAGAAUAUUUUUCCUUUUAACAGCUGAGUUGACUUUUGGCUUGGACUUUGUAACCGUUCUCACAUUAGAGAAGACAGUUUAUGUCAAAUGUAGCGUUGUGUAAAACUUCCUGUCCUGCCGAACACGUUUAUUAGUCGGCUAACGCUUUUUAUUAACUUAUCCAGUGAAUGCAGGGAGUUCGUGCUGAGGUCGUGUUCUGAUUCGCUCUUCCGGGAUGUUGAUACUCACCAGAUAACUGUAGGUGUUUUUUUAUUUUUUAUUUUAUUGCACUAUGGGUUCACAUUAAGCUGACUUGGCAAACUGCGCUUUGCACACAAGGUUAAAAUUAGCUUUAGCGAACUAGCUCCUCACUCACUUCUUGCUGCAGCUUCCUCACUUUCUUAUGCUGACUUCUCGGGGCAGGUGUGCUGAAAGUAGGCCAGGUGUGCUGUGGGACAGAUAGGGUGCACUGCAACUUAAUCAUAGUGUUCACUGAGUGUGUAGUCCAGCAGUAUACUUCAGGGAUUUUUCGUGGAGCCAGAGGUGGAAUCAUGCUGCUGUCUUUGGUUGUGCACACUUACUCGCUGCGGUACUGGUUUCCAGCCACGAUCAUGCUGGGGACAGCACCAGCCUAUCUGCUGUCAUGGGGGGCUUGGCGCUUACUGUCAACCGUCUUACCAGCGAGUGUGUAUCACAAGUUAGACGACCGACUAUACUGCAUCUACCAGAGUAUGGUCCUGUUCUUCUUUGAAAACUACACAGGAGUUGAGAUUGUUAUAUAUGGAGAUAUACCAAAGAACAAGGAGAAUGUGAUCUACCUGUCAAAUCAUCAGUGUACAGCUGACUGGAUCAUUGCUGACAUGCUCGCCAUCAGGCAGAGCGCUCUUGGUCACGUCAGAUACGUCCUUAAAGAUGGACUCAAGUGGCUCCCGCUGUAUGGUUGGUAUUUCUCUCAGCAUGGUGGAGUCUAUGUGAAACGAAGCGCAAAGUUUAAUGAAAGGUCGAUGAGGAAGAAGCUUCUCGCUCAGACUCAAUGUGGGGCACCGAUGUACCUUGUCAUCUUCCCAGAAGGAACGCGGUAUAAUCCAGAGCUCCAGAAUGUUAUCGCAGACAGUCAGGCUUUCGCUACAAAAGAAGGUCUCGCUGUUUUGAGGCACACCCUAACACCCAGAAUGAAAGCGUCUUACAUCGCCAUGGAGACCAUGAAGGGCCACCUGGAUGGCGUGUACGACAUCACAGUGGCCUAUGAGGGAACGCUGAACACUUCUGGUCAAAGAACACCUGCACCAUCGAUGCCAGAAUUCCUUUGCAAAGAAUGCCCCCGCAUCCACAUACACUUCGACCGUGUGGACAUAAAGGAAAUUCCUUCAGAGCCAGUGUUUUUCCGCAGGUGGCUGCACGAUCGGUUCGAAAUCAAGGACCGGCUGCUGACAGACUUCUACGAGCCGCAGGACGCCGACAAGAAAUGCAGGUUCCCGGGGGAGGGCAAACCUUCUCAGCUGAAGCUCUCGAAAACCCUCCCCUCAGUGAUGAUCCUGGGGGGACUGACACUGCCAUUGCUGCUGACGGAGAACGGCAGGAAACUGUAUGUGAGAACCUGGGUGUACGGGACGCUGCUGGGCUGGCUGUGGGUGAACGCUUUUCCUUAACGAACAGGCCAGAGGCUGCCACGACGAUGAGACGCACAAAAGCCUUGGAGAGACGGUGCCAUUUUUUUCCUGUAUCGCUACGACACAAGGUGUGUUGCAGAUGCAGAGCAGUAUCCGAUAAGAGGCUCAGAGAUUUGUCUGUCCCACUGUUGACCGGAGAUACUGAAAGCUUUUCGUGCUACUCUUUUGCUCAUGUUAUUUGGAUUUGCAGCCUGAAAUGAUGGGGAAAAAAAAGAAAAAAACACGAGCGGAUUUAUUGAAAAGUAAUAGAUUUCUCAAAAAUACUCCUUUAUCUCUACUAUGAAACAAAAAAUUGCUACAUACUUCUCUUAAAAUACUUUCCCCCCCAUCAAAUUUAGCCAAACUAGUAUUCUUGCAUGCCGUUGUUUUCCAUAAAUCAUUGGCCAGUUUUAAAGCCGUUUAUUGUUUUUGAGAGCAAAGUGUGCCGAGUACUCCGACACAUUUAUUGAUCAAUGUCGGCUACUAACCGACUGAGUACACUAGCCUACUGAUGAUGCAUCAUUAAUUAUUAAGUGCACUGACUCAUUGAUAUUGGUUGUAAUGUCAGUUUUUUAUGCCAAGUCCCAUAUCAGGAGGAUUAUGCACUUUUUUCAUGUAAACAAAACAAACAUCAAAUCCUCUGUAGGAGCUCAUAAACAUGACACCAGCUGCAUUGUUUACCAUAAAUCUUCAUCCUGACAUUACUUUGUUUUUUAAUGACAAUGAAUGUAGCCAUAAAAAAAUAUAUAUUAUUCAUUUAUGCAUAUGUAAAAGACGCCCAUAUUAAUAAUAUCUUUACAAAAUACAAAAUGUUGUACAUUUUUGAGCAAAGUCUUUGUCUCUGAACGUGUAGAGCGCUCACAUGGAAGAGUGUGUUUAAAAAGAAAACGUUCUACCGAUGUAAAAUGUAACUUCAACUUUAAAAUGUCCGUCAUUGCCAAAACCUGGUGUAUUUGCCAGGAUGUUCUGAUAAAAGUGUCUCUACGUGUUUUAAGUUAAGCAAUAACUUGUUUUAUUGCCAGCAUUGAUGACAGCAAAGAAACUUCAUGUUUGUUCUGGUUCUCGAGGUUCUAAAUGUUCUUUUUAUAUAUGGUUUAUUCAGUUUCAUAACUUUUAUAUGCAUUUGUUGUUUUGAAUACCGUGUUACGGUUCACGUGAUGAAAGUAUCUACCUAACAAAAAGCUGACGAAGCCAUGUUAACAGUAUAUCACAGGUUCCUGUGUACUCAAAGCCAUUUGUAUUAUAAACACCACUGUAUUGUUAAAUACACUGUAUGUCCAUUGUUGUUGUUUACUAUAAGAAAACCAUUGCAUUUUCCACGAGUCACUUUACAUGUUUGCCGUCUCGUCGUUCUCUAGAGUUAGUCUGAGAUAUGUUUUCCUCGUGGAUGGUCCAGUAAUCUCACGGUUUUUACAUGUCGCUCUGAUACCUCACUUGAAUAAUCCUUCCUUGUUCUUAAAAAGACCCUUGUCAGCCAUUUUAUAGUCAUUUUUAUCCUGACAAGAUCAGACUGUAACUCAUCAGGAAACUCUGUGUAGACAGUAUUUAAAUGCCAACCAUUUUUGGAAACGUGUGCCUUCUCUUUGGAUGAGUCGGUCCUCGGCCGUCUCACAGAGGGCCACAGUGGCUCUUUUCCACCAGGUGACCGCAUGGAAGCUCUCUGCUGGAGCUGCUGCUGCUCGCUGCAGCCUGUGGUCACAUUGUCUACAGUUCAUAGUGGCUUAUUUUGCUCUAAGAAUGCAUUGAUUUACACUUUUUGAGGACUAUUAUUAAACGAUGAAACCUUUAAUGUGUGUGAGGUAUGGAAAUGGGGGCUCAGAGUGAUAUAAUAAAGUGGUUUUCUUUGGGGA